AUGGCGGUUAAAAAGGUGCAGCGGAAUGCACGUGCAUCAUUACGAAAAGCAGUGCAACAAGUACAACAGAAGGAGAAAAAACAAGUAACUCCAACUGAUGUAAAAGAUAAAAAGGUAGUUGUUAUUGUUCAAGAAAUUAAAUUCGUUCGUUUAUUAUCAAGUAAUGAUAAAAGAGUCCGAGAGAGAGUACUGAAAAAUUUAAGAAAAUGGUUGACAGUUCGAUCUGUAAGUUCUUUCGCAUUUACAAAAUUAGAUUUUAUGCGAUUAUGGAAAGGCUUAUUCUAUUGUAUGUGGAUGUCGGAUAAACCACUGAUUCAAGAAGAAUUAGCAGAAUCUCUUAGUAAAUUGGUGCACUGUUUCAAUUCUAAGGAUGUAGUAUUGUUAUAUACUACAUGUGCUCUAGAAACAUUAGGUAUAGAAUGGAUUGGUAUAGAUCAGUAUAGGUUAGAUAAAUUUUCCAUGCUGGCUAGGAGGGUAAUUAGGCAAACAUUUCAAAUGUGUAAAAACCAAAAUUGGGAUAUGGAAUGGAUAAAAGAUAUCUCUGAAAUAAUUGAAAAUUGUUUGAUCAAUCCACAAGUAUGUAUUGGAUUUAACAUGCAUUUAACAGAGGUGUUCUUAGAAGAACUUGCAAAGAUCAGUGAAGGAAACAUAUCAGAAGAUGUGGUUACAGUACUUAUAAAACCGUUUGUUACAUAUUUUAUAAGGAUGGAUGAUGGAAGACGAAUUGGGCAUGUUAUGAAACAUAUUUUUAGAUAUUUAAUCUUUCAGUCAGAUAUUGGCAUGGAUUAUAUGGACAAAUUUAAAGCUUGGAGAGCUGCAGGAUUUCCUACUGGUUCUAUUGAUGUCAUGGAUAAAAUUGAAGUAUCUGAUGAGGAAAUAGAAGGUAAUGAUGAAGUAGAAGAAGAGAAUUCUUUUCAAAAUCAGUGUCACAUAAACAAACCAUUAGAUCCAAGAGCUGGUAGAGUAGACGUUGAAUUACCACAGAUACUUUUCAAUCCCAAAAAGAUUGCUGAAUUAUUAGCUCAAUAUAAGUUUCAUCCUUCGUCGACAGCAAGGUCGCGUAGACAACUACGACGUCUGAUUAAUGAAUUUGAAGAAUUAUCACAAGGUAAAAUGCCAGUGGGUGUGAAGGAAGUAGUAAUUCCGGAAAUGCGGAAAAGAGAUACGAAUACAAAGUUAGCUGCAAAGCGGUUUUUAGAAUUUCAAGAAGAACUGUAUUCCGAUAAGCCACAAAAACUUAAAAGGAAACAAAAUGAACAACUGAUACAAGACGAGAAAGAUGAAUCCACCGAAGAAGGGUUGGAAAAUGUUAAUGCUGAAAAUAGUACUACAAAAGUAAAUGAAAAAGUUGUAAAAAAGAAAAAGAAGGUACAAUCUAAAAUGAGUGAUACCGAUAAUUUAAUAAAUUCAGAAGAAUCAAAUGAAGACACGAUUGAUUUGAAGAAUAAAAAAUGUAAUACAGCAGAAAUGAUUCGAAAGAAUAGUAAUUGUAAAUUUAAAAAAGAAUCACCACCUUUAGUCAAGAAAUGUAAAAAGUUAAAAUUAAAAGGAAAUAAAACUACGAGUGCAAGUAUUUUAAAUAUUUCACCGGUCAAAAGGAAGAAGUCAACGAUGCUUACAAUUUCUGACAAAUGGGAUGUUUCUGAUAAUAUAGAUUCAUCUUCAUCGUUAUCACUAAGUAAUGGAAGUGAUUCGAAUAGUGAAAAAAAUAAUAUAUUGACCAAACAACCAACGUGGUUAGUACCCGUAUUAAAAAAAUUAGAAAAUGAAAAGAGUAGAACAACAAGCGCGAAAAUGCGACAUAAAAUAAGUGCUGAUUCAAACCCUAAAAAACGAGUGAAAAUUGCUCUUCAACGUAAUACAGCUCAACAUACAUCUGAAUAUAUUUUACAGAUUCAAAAAAGUCCAGGUAUACCGUUUGAUGCAAACAGAAAACCAAGUGCGGGCGUUCUAAAAGCAAGUCCUAUACCAAGCCCUAUAAAUCCAUUUUAUAAAAGAAAGAUUAUUUAAGAUAUUUGAUUUAGUCAUAAAAAUAUAUGAUUAUCUGUUAAUGAAGCAAAUAAAUAGAUGAAUUCCAAAACA